AGGGAAAAACCCCGAGAGCCAAACCCCGGGGGCGGAGGCAGGGUUGGGGAGCGGAACCGAGAGCCCACAGGGCUCAGCCUGCCACCAGCGCGACCCGGCGGAGGCAGGAUGGAGGAUUUGGAUGCUUUGCUGGCGGAGCUGGAGCAGAGCUCCCGGCCAGCCUCCAUGGACUACACGCUGCUGGCCCCGAGCUCCGCACAGCAGGACACGGCCGCGGCCAGACCCUCAGCCAACUGCAGCCAGAAGAAACAUGCCCCAGCACCCCCAAAGGUGAAACUGCCGCCCCGGGCUCAGCCUCCCCACAAGGAUUUGGAGACUGUGUACAGCAGCCCCACGCUGACCCCACAGCCGCUGCCCCCCUCGCCCACCCCCACGGCGGCCGCCCGGCAGCUGGAUGAGCUCCUGGCCGACCUGGGCCAGAUGCAGAGCAAGCUGGCAGCGACGGGGCAGGGAGCGGGGGCACCGGGGGGUCCCGAACCCUCCCUGGACCACAUGCUGGGCGGCCUCACGCGGGACCUGCAGGAGCUGGGCAUCACCGCCACCCCCACCGGGCUCUGCGCCUCCUGCUGCAAGCCCAUCGCGGGCAAGGUGCUGACGGCCCUGGGCAAAGCCUGGCACCCCGAGCACUUCACCUGCGCCCGCUGCGGGCAGGAGCUGGGGGGGCAGCCCUUCUUCGAGCGGGGGGGGCAGGCGUACUGCGAGGAGGAUUACCACCAGGCUUUCUCCCCCCGCUGUGCCUACUGCGCCGGCCCCAUCCGCGAGAAAGUCCUCACCGCCAUGGACCAGACCUGGCACCCUGAGCACUUCUUCUGCACCCACUGCGGGAAGGUUUUUGGGGACGAUGGUUUCCACGAGCGGAAGGGGAAGCCCUACUGCCGCCAGGACUUCAUAGCCCUCUUCGCCCCCAAGUGCCAAGGCUGUGAGCGGCCCCUGACGGACAACUACCUGUCGGCCCUACAGGGCGUCUGGCACCCCGAGUGCUUCGUCUGCGCGGAUUGCCUGACCGGCUUUGCCAGCGGCUCCUUCUUCGAGCUGGAGGGCCGGCCCUACUGCGAGACCCACUUCCACCAGCGGCAGGGCACCGUGUGCCACGGCUGCGGGCGCCCCGUGACGGGCCGCUGCGUGACGGCCGCCGGCCGCAAGUACCACCCCGAGCACUUCAUCUGCGCCUACUGCCUGGGCCAGCUGCACAAGGGCUCCUUCCGCGAGCACGCCGACAAGAUGUACUGCCAGCCCUGCCACGACAAGCUCUUCCUCUGAGCCCCGCCUUCCUUUCCCCGCUCUUAGCCCCCCGUCAGCACGGGCAGCGCCCCGGUGAGCCACAAACCCUACAGAUUGGAAUCCACCGCCAUCCCUGGCAUCGCCCCCGCUGAGCCCAACACCCCUCGGAUCGUCCCAUCCAGCAAUAUCCCUGGUGUUACCCCCUCUGUGAAGCAAUAAAACAGCUGGCCCUGC